AUGCUCUACAUCUCCGACACUAUUCAAGAAAUUUCUCAAACAAAUAUUAAAACCACGGAAAAAAAAUGUGAAGGGAGGGGAAUACCAAUCCAGGACAACUUCUUGUACACAUUAAGCUUUGCAGAUGACCAAGUGGUAACGGCUCAUGAUGAAGAAAAUCUGUGCUAUAUGCUCCGAAAAUUAGAAAAGGAAUACACAAAAAAUGGACUGGAAAUAAACCUAGAAAAUACCGAAUACUUAACAACAGAGCAAGAAUCAGUGAGAAACUUGGAAAGGGACGACGAUAGGGAAAGUACCGGCACUGAAAAAUUCAAAUAUUUAGGAUUUAUACUCUCAAGGAAUGGAAUCACCGAGCCAGAUAUAAUCAGCAGAUUAGCACAGAUAAGAACAUAUAUUAAACAAAUGAACGGGGUACUGUGGAAUAGACAGAUUACCAGAAAUACAAAGAAGAGAAUUUAUAACACUUUGGUACGCAGUAUAAUGACCUAUCGAGCAGAGAAUUGGGUAAUAAAUAAACGAAACAGGUCCAAAAUCACAGCAAGUUAAAUGGAAUUAAAAAGAAUGGCAGUAGAACAAGACAUACUCAGCUACAUUGAAGAAAAACGUUUUAUUUGGUAUGGACAUGUGAGAAGAACAGAUCAUACAAGUUGGAUAGCAAAGAUUUCGGAUUGGAGCCCAAUAGGAAGGAGGAAAAGAGGUAGACUCCGAAGAUCAUGAAAGGAUGAAGUGGACGAGGCCAUGGAAAGACGAGGCCUUAGAGAUGGAGAAUGGCAGAACAGAAAGGACUGGAGACGUUGGCUGAAAGAAGGAAGGCGGCGACAG